AUGUUCGAGCUAGAUGAUCCACGGGAGAAGCUGAGACUGCUGGAAACGCCAGUGAAGAGCACGGACAAGUCGUCAGAAAUAAAGAGAGGUCGACUAUCAUCGCUGCAUUCCAUCGACGGGGACGCGCUGAAGGAGCUGAACGGUGGAGCAGAAAACGGUGUCGGCGGUGACAGCGAGGGAACCGCCCUGGCGAUGACCACCAUCGGCCAGAUCAAGGCGAAGGGCCGGCCAGGACUGUUGCCGCGGAAUGGUGCCGGCGAACCGGACGAUGGCGAGCAGCGUGAAACCUGGAGCGGGAAGGUUGACUUCCUGCUGUCCGUCAUCGGGUUCGCCGUCGAUCUGGCCAAUGUGUGGCGUUUCCCGUACCUCUGCUACAAGAACGGUGGUGGUGCAUUCCUGGUACCGUACGGGAUUAUGCUGCUGGUUGGCGGUAUUCCCCUGUUCUACAUGGAGCUGGCGCUCGGACAGUUCAACCGGAAGGGGGCCAUCACCUGCUGGGGUCGGUUGGUGCCACUGUUCAAGGGCAUCGGUUACGCGGUCGUACUGAUUGCGUUCUACGUCGAUUUCUACUACAACGUGAUCAUCGCGUGGUCGUUGCGAUUCUUCUUCGCCUCCUUCACCGACAGUCUGCCGUGGACGCACUGCUCUAACGCUUGGAACACGGUCGAGUGUAAACCGUUCGGGUUCAACAACAGUUCCACGGCGGUGAAUCGAACCGGAGUUCUAGCGACAAACGUCACGGCCACCGUCACUACCACCGUUAACGAUACGAAGUUUGCAUCGGCUGCCUCGGAGUAUUUCAAUCGCUACAUCUUGGAGCUGGACAAGAGCGAGGGCAUACAUGAUCUCGGGGCCAUCAAGUGGGAUAUGGCGCUGUGUCUGCUGGCCGUUUAUCUCAUCUGCUACUUUUCGCUCUGGAAAGGCAUCAGCACAUCCGGGAAGGUCGUUUGGUUCACGGCACUGUUCCCGUACGCCGUGCUGCUGAUUCUGCUCGUCCGCGGUAUCACACUGCCCGGUUCGGCCGAGGGUAUUCUCUACUAUCUGCGGCCGAACUUUGACGUCAUCUACAAUGCGGAGGUGUGGGUCGAUGCUGCGACACAGGUGUUCUUCUCGUUGGGACCCGGCUUCGGAGUGCUGCUCGCGUAUGCUUCCUACAACAAGUACCACAACAAUGUGUACAAAGAUGCGCUGCUGACCAGUUUGAUCAAUUCGGCUACCAGUUUUGUGGCGGGAUUCGUAAUCUUCUCCGUGCUUGGCUACAUGGCACACGCCAGCGGACAGAGCAUCAAAGAUGUGGCUACCGAGGGACCCGGCUUGGUGUUUGUGGUGUAUCCGGCAGCGAUCGCCACCAUGCCUGGUAGUAUCUUUUGGGCUCUGAUUUUCUUCAUGAUGUUGCUCACGCUCGGACUGGACAGCUCGUUCGGAGGAUCAGAGGCGAUCAUCACGGCGUUAAGUGACGAGUUUCCCAAGAUAGGACGCAACCGGGAGAUCUUUGUGGCGAUUCUAUUCUCGCUGUACUUUGUCGUCGGUCUGGCGAGCUGUACGCAGGGCGGGUUCUACUUCUUCCAGCUGCUCGAUCGUUACGCGGCUGGCUAUUCCAUACUGAUAGCAGUGUUUUUCGAGGCCAUCGCCGUAUCCUGGAUUUAUGGUACGGAACGGUUCUGCAACGACAUUAAGGACAUGAUUGGCUUUGCUCCCGGCAUCUACUGGCGCGUUUGCUGGAAGUUUGUAGCACCGCUAUUCCUGCUGUUUAUCAUCAUUUACGGACUGAUAGGACACGAACCGCUCAGCUACGAGGAUUACGUGUAUCCAUCGUGGGCGAACGUGCUCGGAUGGUGCAUAGCGGGCUCGUCGAUGAUCAUGAUCCCGUUGAUGGCGAGCUACAAGCUGAUUGUAACACCGGGAAGCUUCCGACAGCGCAUGAAGAUACUAACCACUCCCUGGCGCGAUCAGCAAAUGGCCGUCAAUGGUGGGACGAUCGAACCGGCACAGGUUCGCUUGACGCACUCGGACGAAGGUGAAGAGGUUUGA